AUGGCCUGUUGUCACAACGUCAUGCUGCUGCUCGAUACCGCGGGCGGCGCCGCUGGCCAGACCCCGGUCCGGCGGGCCGCCCUGCGCCUCCUCAUCUACCUCAGUUGCCGAUUCGGCCUGGCCAGGGUCCGCUGGGCCUUCCGGUUCUUCGACUCUCAGGGGGCGCGGAGCCGGCCCUCCCGCGUGUCUGACUUCCGCGAGCUGGGGGCCCGCUCCUGGGAGGACUUCGAGGAGGAGCUGGAGGCCAGGCUCGGGGAGGGCGCUCCCGGCGCCCACCUCCCCGGCCCGGCGCCCAGGGCCACGCACACGCACAGCGCCCUGAUGGAGACGCUGCUGGACUACCAGUGGGACCGGCCCGAGAUCACGUCGCCCGCCAAGCCGGCGCUGCGCAGCAGCAGGCGGCGGCUGCUGGACGCGGAGAGCGAGGCCCGGGAGGCCGAGGCCGCGGCCGCGCGCGGGGGCCUCGCGAACGCCGUCUUCCUGCUCGCGCCCUGCCCGCACUCGCAGAGGGAGCUGCUGCGGUUCGUGGCCGGCUGCGAGGCCCCGGCGCGGAGCCCGCCGCCCGCGCCGAAGCAGGUGCAGGAGCAGCUGCUCCCCAGGAGGGUCCGGGAAGUCAUGGCCACGCGGAAAAUAACCUUGUACUGGGUGGACACCACGGAGGAGGCGCAGUUGUGGGCGUCCCCAGACCACCUUGGGUACUGGACAGUAUGUGAACUGCUUCACCACAUGGGAGGCACUGUCUUGCCAUUGGAGACUCUGAGCCAGGAUUUUAUGAAAGUGGGAGAGACCCUGCUGUCACGUGAGCCUCACCUCUCUGCAUGGAUUUCAGCUCUGCCAACUGAGUCCACUUUAAACUGUUUGUUCUAUAAUUCUCCUGAGUAUGAAGCCUUAUUUCCACGGAUGGAAGGAACGUUAUUUCUCCCUGUUGAAGGCAAAGAGAGUCAAGAAACAUGGACAGUCAUCCUAGAGCCCUUGACCAUGCAUCAGAGACAUUUUCAGAAACCAGUCAGAAUUUUUCUAGAAGGCACAGCCACCCAGUGGUCUCUCCCCAUGAGCGGCAUCUUGGGCACUGAUAGCUGGAUGCUGCAAAGUCCAGAGGAGAAUAAAUCAACUCACAGGGUGUUAUUUCAGCAGUUGGUAAACCGGCUGACUGCUGAAGAGUUACAUCUGGUUGCCAGUGUGGAUCCUGGUGACGGCUGGCCCCCCAUCACUGGAGUCAUCUCUCCUCUCUCUACCAACACUACAAUUCUCACUGUGUUCCGCAAAAAGGAGGCUGAAAUUCAUAGACAUUUUCUCCAAACAGUUGUGGUAGAGAAGCCCCAGUGCACAGCUUCCCUGUGCUCGGAUGUGGUGGAUGCUGUACUGAAUCAGACUCACAGUCUACUGGAAGACCCUGCUGCCUCCGCUCCUCCCAGUCCAGAGUGGGCCCAGCAGGAGCUCGGCUGCACCUCGCCCUGGAGAGCUGCUGUUGCUGAGGGCUGGUUUCCCUGCUCCAACCUCAGUGGCACCAGUUCAAAUUUGAUGGAAUAUUUCCGGUUACUGCAAGCUGCUUCACCUAAUAAGGAGGAGUCUUCCAAGACUGAAAGCAAAGUAACAUGUCGUCUGUCUGAGCUCUACCUGAGAAAGUCUCGUGAAGAAUCCGCUGUGUCUAACCAGGCAGACAGCAAAAAGAAACGAGGUGUCCCUCGUACUCCAGUGAGGCAGAAGAUGAACGCCAUGUGCCGCUCCUUAAAGAUGUUGAACGUGGCGAUGCUGAAUGUCAAGGCUCAGAAGUUGCAUCCGGAUGGCAGUCCAGAGACUGCUGGGGAGAAGGGGACCCAACAGACAGCUGGUGGAAAAACAGCGGGUCGAUUGGAAAACCGAAGAAGAACCCGCAGUUCUAAACCUAAAGAUUUUAAAACUGAGGAGGAGCUACAAUCUUACAUACAUGAAAAUUAUCAAAAGACUGUGGCCACAGGAGAAAUCGUGUUACAUUCAAGUGCUCAGAACAUGAUCUCAACCAUUAAAGCAUUCCUUAAGUCCAAAGGCUCCCAGGACUUAGAGAUGAACUGCCUGCAUCAAGUAAAAAAUAACCUCUUAAAAACCAGCAAAAUUCUUAGACAGAACAUAGGAAUAAACCCAGAUAAAGAACCCAAAGUCAGAGAGUGCCAGCUUCAGGUGUUUCUCCGUUUGGAGCUGUGUCUGCAGUGCCCGUCGAUGCAGGAAAGUGUAGAUGACACGGAGCAGGUAGUGGAGGAGGUGGUGGAUUUGCUGCGCACGGUGUGUUUAACUGAGGAUUCGGCCUACCUGGCAGCAUUUCUGGAGGAAAUUCUGGGAUUGUAUAUUGACUCCAUCCCAAAGACACUUGGACACCUGUACGACAGCCUAGGCUUUGUGAUCCCUCAGAAGCUGGCAAGUGUCCUUCCGACAGACUUUUUCAGUGAUGACUCGGUGACACAGGAGAGCAAGUCCCCUCUUCUUUCUGUGCCUCUUAUGUCAAGUGCUCGUAGGUCAGUGUCAGGUGGCACUGAGUCCGACCAGCUGGAGGAACUUCGUACCCGAUCAGCUAAGAAGAGAAGGAAAAAUGCAUUAAUAAGACACAAAAGCAUUACGGAAGUCUCACAGAAUCUUCGACAAAUUGAAAUUCCCAAAGUGUCCAAGAGAGCUCCGAAAAACGAGCACGCUUGCGCCGCCCUGCAGCAGCCUUCACUCCCGGUGAACGAUACAGUGCAAGAGGUGACCAAAGUUCGAAGAAAUCUCUUCAACCAGGAAAUUUCUCCUUCGAAGAGGUCUGUGAAGCGGGGGCUGCCUAGAAGCCACUCCGUGUCAGCCGUGGAGGGUCUGGAGUAUAAAUGCGACAAUGUCAGUUCAACCAAAGGUCGUCACAGACUGCUGACCAGGAGAGUGGCGGAGACCCCAGAGCACAAGCAGAUCCCCAGACGGCUGCUGCACAGGCAGAUCAAGGGCAGAUCCUCUGAUCCUGGCCCCGAUAUCGAUGUUGUUGAUGAGUCCCCGGAAAAAGGUAUCACCGACAUUGAAAUAAAUUUGAGAAGAAGUCCUCGAAUCAAGCAGUUGUCACUUGGCAGGACAAAUUCUGGUCCUUUCUAUUCUGCAUCUCAGCCAAAGUCUCGAAGUGUGCAAAGAGUUCACUCAUUUCAGCAAAACCAGUCAGACCAAAGAGGAAAUUCUCCCACCCAAAAGAUUCGGUCUCCCAAGACGCUCCUUUUCGGGGCCAUGUCUGAGACGGUCAGUCCAGCUCGACAUCAGGGGUCUUCAGGAAGCACCCUGGAUUCUCAGCCUCCUACAGCUUAUCAGACUCCUAUGAAGAGUUCCUGGAAGUCUCCUGUCUCUUCUAAAGCUACACCCAGAAGGCUCCCUCGUACGCCACAGACUCCGCUGUGCACCCCCGAGAGGCUGCGAACCCCCCCUGCCGCCCAGACACCUGCCCACCAGCCUUGCGAAGGGCACGGCGGCCCUGGGCCUGGCUCCAGGAGUGACUGGCACACGGCCUCCCCUGUGCUGGGUGCAGCUGAGGACAGGACCAGCCCCGUUCCUCCCGUGGGAGAAGGCGAGGGAUUCCGGACGGUGGACACUGAGAAGCCUUCCCUGUCUUACCCUGGGAUCCCGCCGUCUCCUCCGUCCUCUGGGCUCAGCUCUCCCCGGACACCUUCCGACUCCCCGGGCUGUGCGGCCCUCGGAAGGCAGCCCCAGGCUGCCGCCCAGCUCGAGCACCUGUCAGCUGAGCGUCCAGCGGCCCCUGCGCCCCCACAGGCCUACGAGGUGGAGCUGGAGCUGCAGGAUGGCGGCUUGCCUAAGCUGCGAAUCAGAAAGGUGGACGCCAGCCCUUGGUCAGAAGCUGAGCCCCUGAGGAGGGAGCAGGGUGUCUCCCCUGGGCUGGGCGUGCCCAGGGGCAGCAAGUCCUCAGGCAGGCCCGACACCUCCUAUAUGUCACCGCCCUGCCUUCGCCCUGCGCACAGCAGCCCUGGCAAGAGUGGCGGACAGACUUACAUCUGUCAGUCCUGCACCCCCACCCGCUGCCCCUCUAGCACCCCCAGUCCGUUCCAGGCAGAUGUUGGGGUUCCUUGGACACCAUCUCCCAAGCACAGCGGGAAGACAACCCCUGACUCUAUCAAGGACUGGCCGCGGAGGAAGAGGGCGGGGGGCUGCAGCCUCGGGGGCGCUUUGGGGAGGGCUGAGGCCGGCCCCGACCUUUCUGGAGGUGGCUCGCCCGAGCUGGAGGGGGUGUGUCAGCUGCCAGACCAGUCCCCUCCUGGAGCCGGCGCGGUUGCGGAAGCCUCCUCCUGGGGCCAGUUCGGGUUGGGCUCCAGGAAGAGGCUCCUCUCUGCCGAGGAAGAAGCCGAGUGUGAAGCCAAGAGAGCCUGUGACACGCAGAGCGAAGACUCAGACCUUUGGCAGGGCCGGGAGCGGUCUCCACGCGCGGGCCUGCAGCAGCUCCCGCCCUCUGGGGACGACGAGGUGUGCGCUUCAGGUCCCACCCCACCUCCCGGCUGUGCGGUGCGGGGCUGCCUGUCAGCCCGGGGGCUCCAGGCUCUGACCCGGUCUCCUCUGCUGUUCCAAGGGAAGACGCCCUCUUCUCAGUGCAGAGACGCCGCAGAUGAAGAUUUGGAUGUAUUUCCCGCCACAGCAGAGGACUCUCCUUUCAGCCGAGCAUUUUCCCGGACACGCCCGGUCAGCAGAACGUAUUCACGGAAGAAGCUGAUUAGCUAG